UGCAAACGGAUCUCUCUCUCGGUCGCUCCGACUUCACUGGGCCUAGACCGUAGCCUUCUCUCUUUCUUCCCCCCUCUCAUGGCGAUCCCUUCCGACUCCGAAGGCGGCACCAACCCUAAGCCCGGAGGAGUAAAGGACAAGGACGACGGAAAAGCAGUGCCUGAGGAUACCACCAAUGGCCUAGGUCGGGAAGGGGAAGAGGACGAAGACGAGGACGAGGACGAGAUCGACGAGGACGACGAAGAAGACGGCGAUGAGGAGGCGGAGGAAAACGUAACCCCCUCCUCCGAGAGGAAGAAUCUCGAUCGCCUUCUCCGACGCCUCUCUGGAGGUCCCGUCCGCCUCCGCGUCCACGAUGUCAUCAUCCGGGGCAACACUAAGACUAAGGACGCCCUUAUCGAAUCCGAGGUCCUUGACGCCUUCCGCACAGCCUCUUCAAUGCAGGAGCUUCUCCAGGCUGCCGGCCUCGCCAACACGCGCCUCCGGCAGUUGGAUAUUUUCGAUUCCGUCAACAUUACGCUCGAUUCCGGCCCCUCCGAGCUCCCUGGCACUGCUAAUGUCGUCAUCGAUAUUGUCGAGGCCAAGAAUCCGCUCACGGGUGAUUUUGGGGUGUAUUCGAAGCCGGAGGCUAGAUCUUGGUCACUUGAAGGAUCACUGAAGCUCAAAAACUUGUUUGGCUAUGGUGAUAUUUUGGAUGCUUCUGGGGCUUAUGGUUUUGAUCAAACAUCCGAGAUAAGUGCUGGAGUGUCCUUACCCAGAUUCAAAGCAAUAUCAACUCCUCUUAUGGCUCGAGUUUCAUUGCUCUCUCAUGAUUGGUUGAAGUUUUCAUCAUACAAGGAACGGCUAUUGGGACUUUCUUUUGGUUUGAUAUCAACUAGAAAUCAUGACCUGACUUACAAUCUUACAUGGCGAAACUUAUCCGAUCCAUCACGUGUGUCAUCCAAAUCAAUACGGAGACAGUUGGGACAUAGUCUUCUCUCCUCAGUAAAAUACACGUUCAGGGUUGAUCAUAGAGAUUCACAUCUGAGGCCAACACGUGGAUUUGCUUUCCUAUCAACUUCUCAAGUUGGUGGUCUUGGACCAGAUAGUAGGAUCUUGCGAUUUAUUAGGCAGGAGUUUGAUCUUAGAGGAGCUUUCCCCCUGGGAUUUUACCAUGCUGCUGUCAACUUUGGAGUUGCAGCAGGUGCUAUACUGCCAUGGGGAAGUGGAUUUAUGAACUCGACAACACCAUUAUCUGAACGAUUCUACAUGGGUGGUCAAUCUUCACCUGUUUGCAACUUGGGAGGGCCUACUUCGUUGUUGGGGUUUAAGUUAAGAGGAUUAGGACCAUCUGACUUGCGAAGAGUGAUUCCACCCAAACGUGGUGAAGAUGAAGCUACUACCUCUUCUGAAAGGGAUGCCUCAGGCAGCAUUACGUCUCCAGGCAGGGAUGUAACUGGAGGUGAUUUUGCAGUUACUGCCUUUGCCGACCUUUCAUUUGAUCUACCUCUAAAGGUGUUCAGAGAGUCUGGAGUGCAUGGCCAUGUGUUCAUCAAUGCUGGAAAUCUUGUAAAAUUAACGGACGAUGAGUUCAAGAAUUUCUCAGUCAAGAGGUUCUUGGAGAUGUUUAGGAGUUCUGCUGGGUUUGGCAUAAUUUUCCCCACCAGAUUCUUUCGAAUGGAGAUUAACUACUGUUAUAUAUUGAAACAGUUCCAGCAUGACCAUGGAAAAACAGGCAUACAGUUUAGUUUCUCCACUCCAUAGAUUUGCCUAUUCGACGAUGAAAGCUCCAGAUUUUUUCCAGUCUUGCACUAGUCUGUGUUUUUGCUGUUUUGCUUUCGUUAAAAUGAGAAGCUUAGUUCCAAAGGCAAGAGAAAAGCCUGAUUGAUAAAUUUUCUCAAUAUGAAGUUUUUUACUGACUAUUUCUCGGGCUUUGCUCCGUGUAUCUCCACAAUAAUUUGGUCAACUGAUUCCUCUAUUAGAAGUGGAUCCACCAUUGCUGGUUUUUACUCAUAAGGUAUAAGAAAAGUCAAGCUUGUUAGAAA